CAUUGGGGGUUCGCGUGACAUUCCCGCUCCGAGCUGCCCCCCGCGGCCCGCCGUCCCCUUUCUCCCCGGCACCAUCCUCCCACUUCGCCAAAGUAGUUUUGCAGAAUGUUGCCGGGAGUUCUGCUUUGCUCUCGUCGGAAUCCGGAGUGGUCUUGCGGCUGGCUGCCGGCGAGUGUGCGUGAGUGUGCACGCGUGAGUGCGAGCCCCGGUGUGUGCGCGAGUGUGAGUGAGAGACCCAGAGACCCAGUGUGCGUGUGUGCGCGUGUGUGUCGGAGAGAUUAGGACGAGACUUGAAUAUUUAUGAGCUUUGCUUGAAACUGACUCGCAGUGUUUACUUGGCUCUUUGUUCCUUCCCCCCCACCCCCUUCUUCAGUUCACUCGCACUCUCACACACUCACACACACUCACACGCACAGGCUUCCUCUCGCACUCACCCCUAUCUCUGCAUUGGGGGGGGCUGUCUUUACAAAGAAAGCGGCCGCUGAACUUGAAGCCCGUCGCGAUCCCUCCUUGGGGGUGAUUACAAGAAAGCCGGGACCAAACUAGUUGCUCCGAUGAGGCUUGGCGAGCCACAGAACGGCGACCUUAAGAAACAGCUCCCCGAGAGGCAUUCCCGGCUAGCGGCCCUUAACGAGAAACAAGCCUUGGGCACCAUUGCAGCAGUGCCCAUUAAAGUUCCUCAGGUCAGCUCCUUGCACAGGUUGGUGGGGCAAGGACCAGCAGCGCUACCUCAGGUCAGGCCAAAGACCCUGAUUCCCGACAGCCUUCCCAUCUCCCCGUGCCGAGAGCGCCCCUCCAGGCAGACGCCAGCCUUCCAGAAGGCUUCUGUUGUCAGCAUCAAAAACCCCAGCCCGGCCCUCCCCACUGCCAACAACACUGUCAGCCAACCUGUGGUGGAGCCUGGCAGCCUCCCCUCCCCUCUGAGUGGGGCCGGCGUUGCCUACGCCAUCAUCUCCACGUCCCCCAGCAAUGCUGCCUCCCCCAUCAAGCCCAGCUCUACCACUGCCACCGCUGCCGCCGUCUCCAUGGUCAGCGACAGCAUCAAGGUCCAGCCUCUCCUCAUCAGUGCCGACAACAAAGUCAUCAUUAUUCAGCCUCAAGUUCAGACCCAGCCGGAGAGCAAGACAGAGGCACAAGACCCUCCCCAAGAGUCAUCUCAGGAAGCUCAAACCUCUAAAAGGAAAAAGGAAGCAGCUCCUGAUGCCCAGGAGAGUCCAGAGAAAAUCGCCUUCAUGGUAGCUCUAGGCUUGGUCACAGCAGAACACUUGGAAGAAAUUCAGAGUAAGCGGCAGGAAAGAAAGAGGAGGAGUACAGCGAACCCAGCUUACAGUGGCCUCCUGGAGACCGAGCGGAAACGCCUGGCGUCCAAUUGCCUAAACAGCCCUUUGUUCCUGUCAGCAAGAGCAAAUGAGGAGCCCUGCUGGAAGAAUGAAAUCUCCCAUGAGGAGGUGUGUGUGAUAUGUAAGAGAGGCACCGACCUGCAGCCCUGUGGCACCUGCCCAGGGGCCUACCACCUCAGCUGCCUCGACCCCCCACUCAGAACCACACCCAAGGGCGUCUGGGUGUGUCCCAAGUGCCAAGAGAAGGUGUUGAACAAAGAUGAAAAUGUGCCCUGGACAGGAAUGCUCGCCAUUGUUCACUCCUACGUCACCCAUAAAACAGUCAAAGAAGAGGAGAAGAGAAAACUCCUAAAGAGAGGAAGCGAGCUGAAGAGUGAGCACAGACAGCUGGAAGAGAAGGAUCGACUCCUGAACACAGCCAUGAAGAAAUGCCUGGAGCUCAAGACCAGCUUGCUGGCCCAGCGCAAGGGGGCCCAGUCGUCCCUGGAGCGGCUCCGGGCCCUGCUGCGGCUGAUCCGGAACGAGCACAUGCUUCAGGUCACCAUGACCACCACCACCGCCUCUGCCUCCUCGCUGCUGGCUGUGCCUUGGAUCAAGCCGGCCGCCACCUCUGCCACUAUGGCCAUGCACACAGCCCUCCAGCAGGCCCAGGGGAACAACUGAGGCCCGGCGAGGAGUGGACCCCACGGGGCACCCAGAACCCUCCAUCAGAAGUCUCCUCCCAGAGAACCGGCAUCUACACGGAAGGCAACCCAAAAGCCGGCCACACGCCCACUUAGCUUUUCUAGUGGAAUACUGAGACCUCUCUGUGAGUACUUUGUGAAGUGUUGAACAAGCUGUGACUGUCAACCCUUCGUUUUUCAGGUCCCUUUGACUUCUUUUGCUAUUGAUGUAUUUUUCUCCUGGCAUUUGGGGGCGUGGUGGAACGUAGACCGGACCUUGGAGCUUUUCGGCAGGAUCUGGGGCUUUCAGUCAUUUGACUUUGGGGUUGGAGCCUUAGGGGGUUUUUUGGUUGUUGUUUUUCCUUUGAAAGAGCCAAUAAAUAUUCCAUUUUUUUCCGUUUCUUGCCAGUAUGGACACUAUGCCAAAAAUACUUUUACAUUUUUGUACUGUGUUUUUAUUGCAAAGAUAUUUAAUGUGAAGGAAAAAAAAAUCGCUGCUCUUUCCCUGCAGGGCCACAGCCGCUCAUGGCCCAGAACAAAGGUUGACCUGCCUCUGGGAGAGAGAGGCAGUCCCAUUAGAGAGAUCCAGAGACUCUUUCUAAGGGGGGUGGGUGGGGCGCAGCAGGGAGGAAGAGGAAGAGGGGCUACUGGCUUGAUAUUUCAAGGAUCUGUAGCAGCCCCGAGCCCUUUGGCCAAUAAAUGUUGUAGUGACAAGAGCUUACAUGAGAAAACUCUAAAGCUCCGGAUGUUCCACAAACAAGUAUUCCUGAGAGUCCCAGGAUCAGCACCGGGGCCAGUGCUCACCAGCUCUCACCUGGCUGUUGCCAAUUCUUGUCAGGGCCACCUGCUCAGAUGCCCAAGUGGUCUCUGGACGGGUGGCGGGACGAGGGGACGCUGCCUCCGGAGACUCCACGGUGCCGUAUCCCAUGAGCCACGCCUCCGGCCAGGGGCUUGGUCUCGGCGCAUGGGCCCUGCAACCAUUUUCACCAUUCCGGGAGAAACUGUGCAGAACGUAUGAUACAGAUCUAUUUUAAUACACUUAACACUGGGUUGAACAAGAUUUUUAUAUUCUUUUAUUGACAAAGUGGAUUAAAGAAACGCCAUUGUUAUUGUUGGUGAUUGUACGCCAAUAUUUAUAUGCAUCACAAGGGGGCUUGCAGUAGGACCUUUGGUUCAGAUUUCAUGGUCUUUUCUUUCGUCUCGGGUGGAUCCGGUGGGAACAUUAGCAGGCAGGAUACAGGCAGCAGCCAGCCCCUGUGCUGCAUCCUGGGACUGGCCGUUUGUAGGCUUUGGUUUCCAUGUUCAUUUUUCUGCUUUGGUUCGAUUUUGCAAAAGGGGACUGUCCUGUGGAUAGUGCGCAUAGAAGGAAAAAAGUGUUUGUCUUAAAUAUGCUUCUGUAGUUUUAAUUCUUUAUGAUGCAUUAAACUCGAUUGACGAUU